AAAGGCUUUUCCCGGGCUUCUUUCUGGCUACCUGUGCCGCCUGCGGGCCCGCCCACUCUCUGGUUCCCGUCCACACCCCUUGGGCUCCCAGGCCGCCUUUCUCCGCGACGCAGCCUUGAGAGGGCGGGCCCGGCAGCAGCCGCCGCACCACCUGGCCCAGGUGAGGGGAGCGAGCUGCGGAGACCCACGGCGGCGGCCGGCCGAGGAGCCCGUCCGAAGAGCACCCGAGCGAUAAUGGCAUUACAUCCUCGUAGAGUUCGAUUGAAACCCUGGCUAGUGGCUCAGGUCGACAGUGGCAUGUAUCCAGGCCUUGUUUGGCUUAACAGAGAAACAAAACAGUUUCAGAUCCCUUGGAAGCAUGCAACUCGACACAGCCCUCAACAUGAGGAGGAGAACACCAUUUUUAAGGCUUGGGCUGUGGAAACAGGAAAAUACCAGGAAGGAGUUGAUGAUCCUGACCCUGCAAAAUGGAAAGCCCAGCUCCGGUGUGCACUCAAUAAAAGCCGGGAAUUCAACCUCAUUUAUGAUGGUACCAAAGAGGUGCCAAUGAAUCCCAUUAAGAUUUAUGAAGUGUGUGAUAUCCCACAGUCCCAGGGAGCAAUCAUUAAUCCAGGCUCUACAGGUUCAGCUCCAUGGGACGAAAAGGAUAAUGAGCUUGAUGACGAUGAUGACGACGAUGAAAUAAACCAGUCUCAGCAUGUCCCACAUGUCCCUAUACAAGACACAUUUCCUUUUCUUAACAUCAAUGACUCUCCAAUGGCACCCUCUAGUGUGGAGACCUGCAGCCCUGAAGCUGUGUGGCCAAAGAAUGAGCCGACAGAUAUAGAGAUGCCUAUGCCUCCUGCACUUCCAACUUUGCCACCUGAGAUGUUCAGCUCUCCAGAACUCUGGAUUAGCUCUCUUCCAAUGACAGACCUUGAAAUCAAGUUUGAAUAUCGGGGCAAAGAAUUUGGGCAGACAACGACUGUGAGCAAUCCCCAGGGCUGCAGACUUUUUUAUGGAGAGCUGGGUCCCAUGCCAGAUCAAGAAGAACUUUUUGGUCCCAUUAAUUUGGAGCAAGUAAAGUUUCCAGGUCCAGAACAUAUCACCAAUGAAAAGCAAAAGCUCUUCACAAGCCGACUGCUUGAUGUCAUGGACAGAGGGCUGAUCCUGGAAGUCAGUGGUCAUGCUAUUUAUGCUAUCAGGCUUUGCCAGUGCAAAGUGUAUUGGUCUGGACCCUGUGCCCCUUCAGAUACCACACCAAACUUGAUUGAAAGACAAAAGAAAGUCAAACUCUUCUGUUUAGAGACAUUCUUGAGUGAACUGAUAGCUCAUCAGAAAGGACAGAUUGGAAAACAUCCACCAUAUGAAAUCUACUUCUGUUUUGGGGAAGAAUGGCCAGAUGGAAAAUCAAGAGAGAGGAAACUCAUUGUUGUUCAGGUAAUUCCAGUGGUUGCUCGGAUGAUCUAUGAGAUGUUCUCUGGUGAUUUUACCCGCUCCUUUGAUAGUGGCAGCGUGCGGCUCCAGAUCUCUACUCCGGAUAUUAAAGACAACAUUGUUUCUCAGCUGAAGCAGCUUUACCGUUUGUUGCAGAAUCAACAAGAAGGCUGGUCCAUGCAGCCUCCAAACAUGCAGAUUACGCCACCCCUUACGGCACAAUGAGGACCAAAUCUUGCCUAAAUGAUGAAUUGCCCAACCAUGAAAACUGUGUGGAUUUUUAAAUUCCUGUUCAAAAGUAUUUUUAUUUGAAUUAAUUUUAAGUCAUUUUGUUGACUCAAUAAAACUUAAAGAAUUAUUUGUGUAUAAUAUAAUCCAUUUAAAAUGUAUACUUUGCAGAUCUGAGUUAAUGCAUGCAGACAAAAACAUGUGCUUGCCAUUUUAUUCCUCAAUUAAUAUAAAUAUAUAAGUGUUGUAUUUCAAAAUGAGUUUCAGAAGCCUUUAACUGCACUUUGUUGUCCAUUGUUUUUAUACCAUAGUCAAAUGUAUGACAUAAAUUGCAUGUACUUUUAAAUACUGUAUGUGGUUUUUGAAAACCUAGUACUGCAAGCACAUGUGUGAAAUAUCUGAUCAGUGCAAAGCAGUUGUUAGUGGCCACAACUUUGUAAAUGUUUCACCUCUUUCAUAAAUUGCUUUCAAAGCAGGGCUCUGUAAGUUAGUGGUAUUUGAAUUUUUUGCUAAUAAGCCGUGGCUAUUUGAUAGCAUCUUUCCUCGGUAAUCACAUGAUACAUAGUUCAAAAUUUUAUUUUAUGCCUGAAAAGGCAGUUUUUAUUAAAGUAUCUUGUGGUUUGUGACAGAUCUUUCAGAGACUUCUUAUGCUAGGUUGCUAAAUGAGACUCUAAAAAGCAUUACUGCUAGUUAUAUACCACAGCUCAGUGCAUCAGUUGAUUGUUGUACAAGGUGGUGAAAAAUGGUCAGCUACAAUCAGUGGUUUCCCGCCUGAUUAGUAAAUGAAGAAUACUGUGUAAGUGAUGCUUUCUGUUUAACUGGUCUUUGCCAAUAAGGGUGUGUUUAGGCCACUUUCAUAGACCUCCUUUUCAAACAGACUGAAGCACUGGCUACAGGGCAGUGUUUGCUUAGAGUGACAGAUUGCCAGAAGAUAAUAAAAGCCCAUCAAAGCUCUCUGCUUCUCCCAUGUAGGAGCUGUUUUAUAUCUAUGUAAUCAGCUUGGAAUCUAGGAAGUUUUAAUAUUGUUAGAGAUUUAAUCCAACCCGUUGUAAAUAAGUACUUUUGAUGCUAAAAUACAGCUGUACAGACAGAGGGCUACAAUUUGGCACAUUUACUUCCUAUGCUGCAAAAUGCAUUACUGUGUAUCUUUAUAAAAUUUCUCUUCAACUGCAA